GCGUGUCGGGCAGUGUAUAUUGUCUCAAAAUGUCGCGAGAGUGCGCGUUACAGAUCCUAUUGUUUAUUAUCAAAAAGUGAUAAAUCAAGUGACUUCGCAAUAUUUUCAGUACGAUAUUCAUACUGUGAACUGUUUAAAACUUGAGUGAGAGUGAAUUAAGUGUAAUUUAAAUUGAUUAUAUGGCGGCCAUAUUAACAGGCGUAGUGUAAUGAUAUCCCGCCCACCAUGAGCUCCUUCCUCAUGAACGGGGGAUACCAACCACAACCCGACCCCAAGUUCCCACCCUCGGAGGAGUACAGCCAGGCAGACUACAUCCCACCAGGGGAAUACUACCAGCACCAACUACAGUAUGGGUACCAACAAUACCCAGUUCAAAUUGGGGCUGGCUAUGGUUAUGGCGGCUACUACCAUCCCAUACCACAGCAUCCCCCAGUGGCGCCACCACCUCGACCGCCAGAACCAUCGCAUCCGUCUGAUGCAGAUCAUGGCUACAUUCACUCUGAACCAGCUCCAGGUUUAGCAGAACUGGGUUUACGGCUCGAAAGGCACAUAGAGGAGGCCGCACCAGCUGGAAGAAAGCUUCAAGCGCUAGGGCGCGAAGGCUCUCCAGCUUCGGAGUUGGAUGAUGAGAGGUUAUUACUGGACAGUCCACCCAUGGAUGAUGAUGACUCUUCAAUAUGUUCAGAUAAUACUGAUCGAGUUAUUUAUCCAUGGAUGAAGAAGAUACAUGUGGCUGGUGCUUCAAAUGGAACCUUCCAACCUGGGAUGGAACCAAAACGACAGCGGACAGCCUACACUAGACACCAAAUAUUAGAAUUGGAAAAAGAAUUUCAUUACAAUCGCUAUCUGACAAGAAGGAGACGAAUAGAGAUAGCACAUACUCUAGUCCUCUCAGAACGGCAGAUCAAAAUUUGGUUCCAAAACAGACGAAUGAAAUGGAAGAAAGACAACAAAUUGCCCAAUACCAAAAAUGUAAGAAGAAAAACGAAUCCCGCUGGUGUCACAACUACCACGACAAAAGCCACACCAAAGAGUAGAUCAAAUAAGAACACAAACAAUAAUGAUAAGAAAAAAUCAAAUAAUAAUGGCCGACCUGACAGUAUAGAGAAUGUUACUGACAAUAUUAUGAACGAUUUCGGUGGGCAACAAAAUUUAUCCCACGACCCAGUUAUAAGUCCUAUGUCUCAUCCAGGUGUGAAUCACGGGCAUUCAAUGACGGCUCACCACUUGCAUAUGAUGGGUAUGCAUGCAGGCAUGGAACCAGCGAUGCUUGCGAACCUUUCUGCGCAUAGCUCGCCAGUGAGUUCCGGUUGUGGCACCGGCAUCUCCAAUACUCCUCCCAUAAUAAAGUCCGACUAUGGUCUAACCGCCUUAUAAUCUAAAUUGUAAAAAUAUAUUUUUAACGAAUUUCCUUUUACCAUUCCCGCGUGUUGAUAAUGUAAUUUAUGUAAGAUUUGUUAUAAGUUGUGUAAUUAGUGUAACCAGUCAUUUGAAUUGUGUUAAGGUGAACUUUACAAUGUCGAAAGUGUGAUUAUUUAGGGUAGGUAUAGAAUCUGAGUGUUAAUUUUGUACUUUUUCCUUCAAGUCAUUGUCGUAUGAAGUAAAUUAAAUGUGUAUAAAGUGUUAGAUUUUAAUUUAUAUAGUGUAUUUUCAUACCAAGUUCAUUCUACAGACCAUUUGAUAUUAUUAAUAGUCUGUCGUCUAUCAGCUGUGUUCAUUUACCUUUUAAAUGUAAAUAAUUUAUUAAAAUAAAUGGAUAUUGUAAUAGCUAUAACUAUAAUAACUAUAUGAUUUUUAUACAUUUUCUUUGUACAAAGCUGCAUUUACUGCUUUAGGAAAAUGAUGAUUUUAACUCACAAACAGAUUAUUAUUCAGCCUCAAUGUGUACCGUGGUCAUGCAUACUUUUAUUUUUGUUAAAAAACCUCGCACCAAUGCGGCUAUAAUUAUACAAACGGAAAUGAUUAUAUUUUAUGUAUAAAAACUUUUUAAUUCCUUCUUAGGGCGGGCUUCAUAUGAAAUGAAUCCUCAUAUGUACCAGAUGAAUUCUUAAUGUGAUGAAUGGAUUGUAUGCUGCUAAUAAAGAUAUAACUGUUAAAAUAACUGUAAAAUCUAGUUAUCGAAUAUUUCUAGUUAUUUUGAGUACCUACUGUUGUGUGAUACUUAGACAAUGACCUAGGUUAAGUACAAACUUAUUAAUUUAAUUUUAAUAUUGUUUUGUAACUAAAAUAGGUGACUGUGAAUACAAAACCAAUAAAACAUAGUAUUUAAUAAAA